UGGUGGGCUGAUAAAUUGGCCACAGAGGGAAGCCAUACCUUUAGUCGGAAUUGGACAGCUCUGAAGCUAGGUUGGAUCCUGAUUUGGAGAAGUUGGCUUUGAGAGUUUCUGCGUUGAGGUUGACAAAAUGAUGGGCAGUGCACUCGGACUGGCCCUGCUCCUGGCCCUGGUGUCUCAACUGACGGCCCACAAAUCCGAAGACUUGAUUUACGGCUAUGAAUGCCGUAGUGGUCUCUGCCGGAAGGUGGAGCUCAGCGAGGAGAACUUCGCCCAGGCCAUUAGCUUGCCCGUGUGCCGGCUGUUCUGCGGCAGCGAAAUCGGUACCUUGUGGCCCCAGCCGACAGGCGCAGUGCGUCUGGACACUUUGAUGCGCCAGGUCGACAUUUCGUUUAUCGACUUCAAUGUCAAUGGCACCGUCCGCAAGGAGAAACUGUGGAGAGCGGCCGAGGACCGUUGGAUGGACAUGCUCCAAGCCAAGAUCCCAGAUCGUAAAAUCCUGGCCAGGGGUGGGUAUCGUAUGUCUGUGAAUAUCAACACCCCUGAUGACCUGGCCCCAGCCAAACUCACCCUCGAAACCGAUGAGAGCUACAAUCUUGAAAUUGAUACGGAUGCAUCCGGUCAUGUGCUGGCAAAUAUUACCGCCCGCAAUUUCUUCGGUGCCCGCAACGGCCUAGAGACUCUGGCUCAGUUGAUUGUUUAUGAUGACAUCAGACGAGAAGUCCAAGUGGCAGCAAAUGUCUCUAUUAGCGAUGCCCCAGUCUACAAAUGGCGCGGUCUGCUCCUGGACACCUCCCGAAACUACUACUCUGUAAAGUCUAUCAAGAGGACAUUGGAUGGUAUGGCCCUGGUGAAACUGAACACCUUCCACUGGCACAUUACGGAUUCCCACAGUUUCCCAUUGGAGGUACGCAAGCGUCCGGAGCUUCUUAAACUCGGAGCGUAUUCCCCCCGCCAGGUGUAUACCCGCCGAGACGUUGCCGAGGUGGUGGAGUACGGACGUGUGCGCGGUAUCCGUGUGAUGCCCGAAUUCGAUGCUCCUGCCCACGUUGGUGAGGGAUGGCAGCACAAAAACAUGACAGCCUGCUUUAACGCCCAGCCCUGGAAGGAUUUCUGUGUGGAACCCCCCUGUGGUCAGCUGGACCCAACCGUGAAUGAAAUGUACGACGUCUUGGAGGACAUCUAUGAGACCAUGUUCGAGAAAUUCGAUCCCGAUGUCUUCCACAUGGGCGGAGAUGAGGUGUCCACGAAUUGCUGGAACAGCAGCUUGACUAUCCGCAAGUGGAUGAAAAAGCAGGGAUGGGGUCUCGAAACCGCUGACUUCAUGCGACUGUGGGGUCACUUCCAGACUGAGGCACUAGCCCGAGUGGAUAAGGUGGCCAACAACUCACAGACGCCCAUCAUUCUAUGGACCAGUGGUCUCACUGAGGAGCCCUUUAUUGACGAGAAUCUGAACCCAGAGCGUUACAUCAUUCAGAUCUGGACAACGGGCGUUGAUCCCAAGAUUAAGAAGAUUCUGGAGCGUGGAUACAAGAUAAUUGUAUCCAACUACGACGCCUUGUAUUUCGAUUGUGGCGGUGCUGGCUGGGUCACGGAUGGCAACAACUGGUGCUCCCCCUACAUCGGCUGGCAGAAGGUGUACGACAACAAUCUAAAGACCAUUGCCGGUGAUUAUGAACACCAUGUCUUGGGCGCUGAGGCCGCUAUUUGGUCGGAGCAAAUCGACGAGCACACGCUGGACAACCGUUUCUGGCCGCGAGCCAGCGCUCUGGCUGAGCGUCUGUGGUCGAACCCCUCAACUGGAUGGAAACAGGCCGAGUCCCGACUGCUGCUACAUCGCGAACGGCUAGUGGAGAACGGCCUGGGAGCGGAGGCGGUGCAGCCGCAGUGGUGCCUCCAGAACGAGAAUGAGUGUCCCAUUGACGCGUACGAUGCACAAGCCUGAUCGGCGAUAAGAUUAUGAACUGAUAAAGGUCGCUAUAAUUAUAGAUAUAGACGGAGUGGCGGUCGACUCUGGGUGGUCUUCCUCCUAAUGGUGUCGGCUCUCUCUGCCUGAAAUAAAUGCAAGCUCAAAAGUGGCCUUA